ACAGACGGCAGCUUUCUAAGCGAACCCGGCGCCAGCUGAAGCGGCGCCACCGCAACUGCCACCACCAGGACAAGCCCUAGGCACUGAGAGAGAAGACGAAACCCAGCAGUCUCAUUCCUCUCUCGGACCGGUCCUCGCAGUGGAGCCGGCAGCUCCGAGUCCCCGCCGACCCCCUUUGCAGCCACUUGGCGGGGUGUGCCAGGACUUGGGUCGCAGCCUUUGAAGAGCCCGGGCAGGAGGCGGCAGCGGCCCGGAGCGAGGUUGUGCAGCUAGGACUGAGUAGCAACCCGAGAGCACUGCGUUGGGAGGAGGCGGCCGGAGCCCGCGGGUGUCUCCCGCUUCAUCGCUUCGCAAGCGGCACCGCCUCCCUGGCCGGGGCCGCUCGGCUGGGUCCUCUGCGUGUUCCCGGGCCCGGAGCCCGCGCACUAUGUGCGGGGCAGCGUUCUGAUAGCAGCCCGCCUCCGCCUCCGCCGCGAUGAUCCCUCCCGAGCCUCCGCAGCCCCAGCUGCAGCCACCACCGCCACCGGCCCCACCGAACCAUGUGGUGACCACCAUCGAGAACCUGCCCGCUGAGGGCAGCGGCGGCGUGAGCCUGUCCGCCUCCUCCCGGGCUGGCAUGCGCCAGAGGAUCCGCAAAGUGCUGAACAGGGAGAUGUUAAUCUCUGUGGCUUUGGGCCAAGUGUUAUCCCUUCUUGUUUGUGGAAUUGGCUUGACCAGUAAGUACCUGGCAGAAGAUUUUCAUGCGAACACACCAGUCUUCCAGAGCUUUCUGAACUACAUUCUCCUCUUCUUGGUAUAUACCACCACCCUAGCUGUCCGACAAGGAGAAGAAAACCUUCUGGCAAUUUUACGACGAAGAUGGUGGAAGUAUAUGAUCCUUGGCCUCAUAGACUUAGAAGCUAAUUACCUGGUAGUCAAGGCUUACCAGUAUACAACUCUGACGAGUGUCCAGCUCCUGGACUGUUUUGUGAUCCCAGUGGUGAUUUUGCUCUCCUGGUUCUUCCUGCUGAUCCGGUACAAGGCUGUGCAUUUCAUUGGCAUCGUGGUCUGCAUCCUGGGCAUGGGCUGCAUGGUGGGAGCGGAUGUGCUCGUGGGAAGGCACCAGGGAGCAGGGGAAAAUAAGCUAGUAGGGGACCUUCUGGUCUUAGGAGGAGCCACACUGUAUGGGAUCUCAAACGUCUGGGAAGAAUCCAUCAUCCGAACUCUGAGCCGUGUGGAGUUCCUGGGAAUGAUUGGUCUCUUUGGUGCAUUUUUCAGUGGAAUUCAAUUAGCCAUCAUGGAACACAAGGAGCUGUUAAAGGUACCCUGGGAUUGGCAAAUAGGGCUCCUCUAUGUCGGCUUUAGUGCCUGCAUGUUUGGUCUCUACAGCUUUAUGCCAGUCGUCAUAAAGAAAACAAGUGCCACCUCGGUCAACCUGUCUCUGCUCACAGCAGAUUUGUACAGCCUGUUCUGUGGACUGUUUCUCUUCCACUACAAGUUUUCAGGUCUUUACCUCCUGUCUUUCUUCACCAUCCUCAUCGGGCUGGUGCUGUAUUCCUCCACCUCUACAUACAUAGCCCAGGAUCCACGAGUGUACAAGCAGUUUCGUAAUCCUUCAGGACCUGUCGUGGACUUACCCAGCACCGCUCAGGUAGAGCCUUCAGUCACCUACACCAGCCUGGGCCAGGAGACAGAAGAAGAGCCCCAUGUACGUGUGGCAUAGGGAGAGACCUGCCCUGCCCACUGAGGACAACUCAGAGGCCAUGUGUUUGCCCAUCAUCUCUGUAUUGUACAUAGAGAAAGGUAUUUAGUAGGUGCAGUUUCACAGGUGGACCGCAAGGUAGCUUAUCCUCCUUUCCUCAAAGGAAGAAGCUGGAGACCACUGGAGACGCAGGCUUCAAUCCACCUGACUCAGAGAGAGGCUUUGAUAGUAUGUACCCUGACCCAGCCCGCACCCGUCCAUUGAUUACUGUGAAAAUUUUUGAAUCAAAAACAAGUAUCAUUGUUACUAUGAUCUUUAUGAUUAAUUGUUACUGUUAUUACACCGACUUUCAGAAGGUUUUUUAUUCCUGAUGGGAAUUAUUGCCAGACCCUCACCUACACAACAUAAAUCCCACUUUUCUAUGGCAAGUCACUUUUUAAGAAUCCUGCUUUUUGUUUGUUUGUUUGUUUGUUUGUUUGUUUGUUUUGCACAGACUAUAUGAGUGAUGCAUGCCACAGAAGCUUGCCCAUCCUGGUGACCUUGUGGCUAAUGGUUUCCUCUGUCACCUGUUGGAUUGCCUGUUCGAUGAGGAUUUUGUGCUGUGACCCUUGUGGGGAGGGGAAACUGACCAUAUAAUUCUCUAUUCUAGGAAUAGAUAUAAAACAAAGUUUAGCCAUUUUAUAUUUCAUUUUUGCUUAUUCCAGGCCACUGACUCUCUGAUGGCCCAGGAGAUUCAUCUAAUCAAGCCCUGUGACUACAUGAUAGGGACUGCCCAAUUUUUGUGGCUUAAAGAAACCCUAGAAAUACGGGUUAUGUUUAGGGUUAUAUGUUUUUAAUUUCUUUUUCUGCCUUUCCCUAUAUUGCUCUCCUCUAAAAUUAGUUUUUAUUUUCAUUUUUUCUUAAUGGUGUCAUGGAAAUUAAUCAAGACACUGGAAAAGCCAUGGCCUCCACCCUCUUAGUUACAUAGUACGUUUCUGGAAGUAUGCCAACAUGGAAAUUAUCUUUAUUGUGGAGCCUCACUGUCAUGCCACCUCUAAGAGUGGAGAACUCUAGUGUGGAGAAAUCUCUGUUAGUAGCUCAUGCUCUGGUCACUUAGUAAUAAAGAUGUCACCAUUGAAAAAUCUGGCAAUUAGAUAACACUCAAUACCCACCACCUAACAGAAUAUAAGGAAAAGCAACUACUCACAAAGAAUGCUACAGCAUCCCAAUAAAGCUAGAUACAUCACUAGUUUAUUCAGUUCCAUUGUCUUCAACAAUGUUCUCUCUCUGUCUGUCUCUCUCUGUGUCUCUGUCUUCCUCUCUCUC